UAGUGUUCACAGAGAUACGUACUUGUUUCAUUGAUAACGUUGUUAAUAAUGUAAUGUAUGGUUCUGAGUUUGCUUGGCUGGAUACCCGCCAAUAAAUAAACUCAUGGAGUUAAAAUAUGUGCCUAAUGUAAUAUACAGGGCAAUUCAGAAGCUACUGAAGAUACCAGAGGGAGGGAUUUUAUCAGUGGAUGAGCGUUAGGUGGUGUUGAAAUGUAACGAGGCUGUGUGGUCCAGUGGUUAAAGAAAUGGGCUUGUAACCAGGAGGUCCCCGGUUCAAAUCCCACCACCGUGCUCCGUCUUUCGGAUAACUUGCUGGGAAUCUCGUGGGUGGACAGCGGCUGGAUUCCCAUUCUCAACCCCGGGAAUGUUCUGGAUUAUUUCUCUGAGAGGAGUAACCCCUUCUAUGACAGGACCUGCAACAACGAAGUGGUCAAAAUGCAGAGGCUCACCCUGGAACAUUUAAACCAGAUGGUUGGAGUCGAAUACAUUCUGCUUCACGCACAGGAGCCCAUUCUGUAUAUCAUCCGAAAACAACAAAGACAGUCUCCAAAUCAAGUCAUCCCUUUGUCUGAUUACUACAUCAUAGCUGGUGUGGUGUACCAGGCUCCAGACCUGGGGUCUGUCAUCGGCUCUAGAGUGCUAUCUGCUGUGCACGGGGUCCAGUCUGCGUUUGACGAGGCCAUGUCCUACUGCAGGUACCACCCCUCCAAAGGGUACUGGUGGCAGUUCAACGACCAGGAGGAGCGAGAAAAAUCCAAGCCCAAAACCAAGAAGAAGGAAGAGCCGAGCUCGCUGUUCCAGAGACAGAGGGUGGACAUGCUGCUCCUGGACCUGCGGCAGAAAUUCCCUCCUGCGUUUUACCAGCCAAAGUCUGGAGAAAAGCCUAUACCAGUGGAGAUAAAGAAGGAGCCUGAGCCGCCAGCAGAGACAGUGAAGCAGGAAGAGAGAGACUCUGCCAAGAAUCCCCAGCAAGCUCCCGCCACCAAAGCACCUCCGGAGAAACGAGCGAGGCUCCAGUGACGGCACAGACACACACACACACACCCCGAACACAGAGGGACAGGCUGCGGAGUGACGUUUUCUUUUCACCUGCUGUGAGUGUCUUGGCUUUGUGAUUUGGGAGUGAGACCCACCCUCUCCAGGCACGUGUUAGGUUCUGAUGGUGAAGACGAGGGGCUUCCUUGCUGCUCCUGAGCUGCUUAGUGCCACAUGGACAGGAUUUGAUGUUCCUGACUCAAACUAGACCAUGGCAGAUGGGCUCAUGUUCAUGCGUUAGGUCAUCUGUCAGCAAACAGGCAAGCAAGCAUCACGACAUGCGGAUACUGUUCAUAGCAUUCAGCCACAUUUAGGGUCUUUAGGAUUUCUUAUGUUUUUGUACUGAUCAAUGUCAUUUUCUAUACUGUAUUGCAAUGUAUUGCAGUUUUGUUUUUCAUAAGAAAGAAAUUGAAUUGCCAAUAAAUCUUUUUAUUCUG